AUAACCAAAAUGGGGAAAAUAAGGUGAAUAUUGAUAAUUCCGAGGCUCCCUCUAUAUAUAGUGAAAAAAUGCAGACUUUUCCGCAAAGCGAAGAUAGUCCAAUCUUGGAAGACGGUUCUCAUUCUUAGGAGCAAACGGAGCUAGACACAACCAUUUUCUUCUCCAGUCCCCUUCUUUACUCAGACCAGUUACCCAAUCUCUAUUUAUUCCUUCCCUUAAAAUUAGGGUUCUCAAUUCUUUCCUUCUCUGUUGGAUAAAUUUGGAUUCUUUUUAGAUUUUUGGCUCUCUGGCCGGAAGAUUGGGUUUUGUUGGCUGUUUGGGUAGUGAAAAAAAUCUGAUUUUGGGGCUUUCUGAAAGAAAGGUGUACACAGCAAUGGCUAGGUGGAAAAAGGGUGAAGGGUUGGGGUUAGGGUUGGUGAGGAGCCGCUCGUUUGGGAGGAAAAGAGUUGCCUUGCCAAUUGCUGCUGCUGCUAUAAUGGAAGAAGACGACCAUAAUGAAGAUUUCAUUUCCACCACCGACUCCUCCCCUCCAAAGAGACAUUGUUCCGAGGUUUCAUUUCCUGCUUGUCAAAAGUCUGUUCUUGAUUCUUUGCCGCAGGAUGUUCUGAUCAAAAUAGUCUGUGGGGUGGAACAUGAUGAUUUGAAGAGACUGUUUCAUGUGUCAAAGGGAAUUCGAGAAGCCGUAAGUGUGUCUAUGUUUGGAAUUUGGAAACUACUAAAUCCAUUCCUGUGACUGUUUUUAGUGUAUUCUCCACCUUUUUGUUUUAAUGGUUUUGAAAUUGUGAUGACAAACAGACCUUAAUUGCUAAGAAAUGGCAUUUCGAGUAUAGCACACCAAGGAAAACUGUUGGCUUCAAGAACAGAAACUGCACUGAGAAAUCAAAAUGGAGUGAUGUGGUGGAUGAAGUGGAAGCCCCAAAUGCACCUUUCAGGCAAUUUAGGGUACCGAAAUCUCGGUUAAACGGGAAAAAGCUUGCGGAUUUAUCAGUUGAGCUCUUCGCAACGAAUGGGGACGACAAUUGGCCGAGGAGAAGAGGGGAUUUAUUUAUGGAAAUGGAAGAAGCAGAGUUAUAGGUAGUUAGUGAAGAGAAUAAGCAGGUCCUGUACAUGCCAAUGUUUGUUGUACAAAUGGUAUGUUAGUUUCUGUACAUUAAUUAUGAGGAUAGAUGUUGAGAAGCAAGGUAGUUUAUUCUUCAAUUCAUUCAUUGAAGGAUUGGGUUGGCUGAGCUUGGGGUUUGUUUGUACAAGUAGCUAGCUGGGGAGAAAUAGAAUGAAUGGAUAAUUAUACUCCUCAUUAUAGUUAUGUGGAAGGAUAGAUGGAUUGUUGCUUCUUCUCUUUCCAUAAGAGAAGGCUGAGAUGUAAAUAUUAGUAUUUUGGGUGAGUUGAUGAUGAAAUAAUUAAUGAAAGGAAUGGCUUUUCAUACCUUUUUCUCCAAUA